GAGAAAUUGUUAUCCAAUCAUUCGAUAGUUAGACGUAGAAGCAUCGUGAGGAAAUAACGAUCGACAACCGGCGCAAUUUGUCGAAGGGCAAUCGAUCGAAUUAAAAUAAAUAAAAAUAUCUGAUUGAUGAAAUUCAUGUUUAAUUUGAUUGACAAAUAAAAUCUUGCCUCUCUAUAAAAAUGUAUACGUGUAACGAAUAGAGUUAGUACGCGCGUUCGACGUUUGAAAAUGGAAAUAAAAUAUAUAACGCAUAGUUUGCUUUGUUAUUCCGCGGAAAAAUAAAUAAAUUUGCUGGAAAAAUGUUGAAGAAUUUCAAGUUGUCCUUAACGUGGUAAAAGGGAGUAAAUUGCAGUGACUGAGGUUGAAUAUUCAAGAAUGGAAAAGACGUGGAUUUAUUCUUUUACAGAUGGCUGUGAAUCUGAAUGCAACGAUCCCCAACAAGGAGGACAAUAAUUACGUUCCAUACGAUCAGCGCCCGGAAACGUACAUAGUACCUGUGAUAUUCUUAUUAAUCUUGGUGGUGGGUGUAAUUGGAAACGGAAUCAUGGUGUUUACUUUGUUGAGCGACGCCAGCAUGAGAAAUGUGCCCAACAUUUACGUGCUUUCGUUGGCUUUGGGCGAUCUUUUGGUGAUCAUAACGAGUGUACCGUUCACGUCUCUUCUAUACACAAUCGAGUCAUGGCCGUGGGGCCUGGCAGUUUGCAAAUUAUCGGAGUGCGCCAAGGAUAUUUCGAUCGGUGUCUCAGUUUUCACUCUGACCGCGUUAUCAGCCGAGAGGUACUGUGCGAUCGUAAAUCCCAUUCGUCGCCAUGUAGCCGGAUUGAGUGCAAAACCAUUAACGAUACUAAUAGCCUGCCUUAUUUGGGUGCUGGCGAUUGUUCUGGCGAUGCCAGGUGCUGUUUUCUCUCAUGUGCUGAUCGUAGAUAUAAAGACUAACUACAGCAUCCAGAUCUGUAGCCCUUUCCCCGUGGAAUUCGGGAAGAGCUAUAAGAAAGGGAUGGUGUUAUUCAAGUUCCUGGCCUACUACGCGAUACCGUUUCUCGUUAUAACAGGAUUCUAUCUGGGAAUGGCACGACACCUCGAACUAUCCACCAGGAACAUGCCCGGCGAAUUAUCCACCGGAUGUCAUCGGCUGGAGCAAAUUCGAGCACGCAAAAAGGUUGGAAAGAUGGUGAUCGCCUUUGUAGUUAUCUUCUUCAUCUGUUUCCUACCGUACCACACGUUUAUGAUGUGGUUCCACUUUUGUCCAUCAUCCGAGCAAGACUACGAUGACUAUUGGCAUGCCUUCAGGAUCGUUGGUUUCUGUCUGAGCUUCAUCAACAGCUGUGUCAAUCCCAUCGCUCUAUAUUUUGUCAGCGGAACAUUUCGCAAGAGAUUCAACAGAUAUCUUUGUUGUUGCCUGAGGAGAAGGAGGUUAAGCGUCUGUCGAACAGAAACGAACAGUUCAGACAGGAAUGGCAAUCGAAGAGCGAAAUUUUCACAAAGGAAACGAAUAGUUGGACGAGACAACUUCAACGAAACCAGCUUCGGCUCGAUAUUCCGUAGAAACACUCAGGAACUGAACUCGACCGCUCUUUACGAGUUAACAAGUGACGGAACCACGAGACCGACUUGAAACUCUAGAUCGUAAUGCAUUUUUCAAAACGAUCUCGAGAUGUCAGCACGAUGAAGACUAACGUUAAACGUUGUUAAAAAUCGAGGACCAUUCGCAAGUAAGGUAGAUCUACGUUGAAUGUUUCAAUUAUGAUUAAUGAUCGAUUAUGAUUGAAUUACGAGAGACAAUGAAUACAUGAGUCGAAUUCUUCGUUGUAACUAUAAAUAUACGUAAAUCUGCACGUGCAAUCGCGAUAAUUUUUUAUUUGAUCGACGAAGUGCAGCUUCAGCUUUUAGCUUAAGGAUUUUCAACGUCAUUAAUUGACUUCGACGUAAAAUAAUAGUGUAAUAUAAUUGAUUACCGCAUUUCGGUAUCAGGAGGGACCGGCUCU